AUGUCUCCCCUAUCACCCAUUCUCCUCCUCCUCCUCCUCCUCCCCUUGUUCUUCAUCACCAUGCUUGCACAAUCUAAUAAUUCAACGUACCCAUAUUGCCCUUCAAUCAACUGCGGUAAUGUCACGGUCAGCUACCCGUUUUGGACGAUAAACAAUGAAUCUCUCAGCCAGUUUUGCGGUUACGAUGGUUUCGGAAUCAAUUGCUCCUAUAACGGUAACCAGAGAAUUCCCCAAAUUUCAUUCGGUGGCGAUUCGUACUACGUUCAGAGUAUAAACUACGAGCUUGGAACCAUCUUCCUGGCGGAUUACGACGUAUCUCCAGUCGUCGUAAUCCCCAACAACUGCCCUCGGGUGCGCCAUAAUAUUAACUUAGGAACCUUGCCUCUAGAUUUCACGACGUCUAGCGUUAAUCUGAGUUUUCAUUUCGACUGCGAUGAAUGCCCAUCGUUUGCGACUGAGAUAUCGUGCUUGGACCGAGAUGCUGGAAAGGCCUGUUUGGAGGUUAUGAGUAACAGUACGGAGGAAAAGGAUUGGGAUGUGUACUCAUGCGAUCAGGAAGUGGUGACAACGGUGUUUGGGUCGAACAUUGACAGGUUUCCUAAUCUUUCGACGAAUUUUGGUAGAGUUUUGGAGAAAGGUUUUGGGUUAAGAUGGAAGAAGAUGGAUGGUUGCGACAAGUGUGAAGAGUCAGAAGGGCGGUGUGGCCGCAGCAAUACAACGGGGUUCGUAUGUUUUUGCUCAGACGGGACUACCAGCAAGGGCGGUUGCAAAGGUACCAUCGCUACAACUCUUAGUUCAGUUUUUUCAUUGCUUGUCAAUAUUAGUUCUAGUCUCAUAUAUCAGUUGAUGGUUGUAUGA